AUGUUUAAGAAGAUACUAGGACUACUUUUGAUAUCUGUCUUUGUAGUAUUAGUUUUGGAUGUUUUACUUCUAUAAUGGAUCUACAAACCAGUGACAGAGGGUACUUUGUACCUCUCAAACGCAAUGGGAGAAGCAGAGGUAUUGAGAGAAACUGAAACAAGUAUUCCUCAUGUUUAUGCUAGUUCUGAGUUAAUGGCAGUCUACACAGAGGGAUUUAUCCACGCUCAAGAAAGACUGUGGUAGAUGGAGCGUUUAAGGAGAGUCGCGCAAGGGGAGCUAAGUGAGUUGUUUGGAGAGAAGACAAUUGCCAUAGAUACAUUCUUUAGACACGUAGGACUUCAAAAGGCAGCUCGUGAGUCUCUACCAAACUUGAGUCCUGAGUCUAGUCUGAUAUUUUAGGCCUAUGCUGAUGGAGUUAAUGACUACCUAUCAAAUGUCAAGUUUCCAAAUGGUUAAACUGGAAAGAUGCUGCCCCCAGAAUAUAUUCUAUUAGGCAUUUCUGAGGUAAGACCAUGGACACCAAUUGACAGUUUAAGUAUCCUUAAGAUGCUUAAUUUCCACUUGAGUUGGAACUGGAAUCAAGAUAUGAUGCGUGAGCUAUUAAGUAUCAUCGGGCUAGAAGAUAUGGUUGAAAUUAUAUACCCAUUUAAUGCAGAUUAUGCACACAAUCUAGUAACAAUCGUUGGAGAUGAAGAUAUUCAGGGAACUAGAUUCUGGUCAGAUGCCACUUUAUCAGAGAGAUACCACAAGACAAGAGGAACCUAACCCAAGCUAACUCAAGCUUAGCAGAACAGAGCUGAGGAAAAGGCUAGAAAAGAAGAGGAGAAAUUGAGACAAGAGGAAGAAAAACUUAGAUUGGAGCAAGAAAGAUUGAGAUAAGAAGAAGAGAAGAGAUUACAGGAAGAAGAAAGGCAGAAAUAAGAGGAAGAGUAGAAGAAGAGAUAGGAAGAAGAAAGAUUAAGGCAAGAGGAAGAAAAAUAAAGAUAAGAGGAGGAAAAGAAAAGAUUGGAGUUAGAAGAGAAGAAAAGAUUAGAAGAGGAACAAAAGAGAUUAGAAGAGGAAAGAUUGAGAAAAGUGAAAGAAGAAUAAGAGAGAGUUUAAAAGGAGAAAGAGGAAUAAGAAAGAAAGAGAGCUGAAGAGGAGGAAAGAUAAAGAAAGGAAGCUGAGAGAAAGCAAAAAGAAGAAGAUGAGAGAAAAGCUAAAGAAUAGGAGACAUAACGAUAAGUUGAAGAGGAACGCUUGAGGAAAGAGGCUGAGGAAAAAGUUAGAUUAUAGAAGGAAUAAGAAGAAAAUGAGAAAAAAAUCAAAGAAGAAUAGGAGCGCAAAUUGAAGGAAGAGGAAGAAGAAAGAAGAAUCUAAGAGGAGAACAAAAAGAAAUAGGAAGAAGCUAAGCGUUAAGAGGAAGAGAAUGAGAGAAUCAAGUAAGAAUAACUCGAGCAAGAAAGGAUUAAAAAGGAGCAAGAGGAGUUAGAGGAAAAGAGGAAAGUAGAAGAAGAGGAGAAAGCUAGAUAGCAAAAGGAGGCUGAAGAAAAUGAAAGACUCAGAAAGGAAAAAGAGGAAUAGGAAAGAAAACAGAGAGAAUUUGAAGAAUUACAAAGAAAGCAAAAAGAGGAAGAGGAACUCUAAGAGAAGAAAAAGCAAGAGGAGGAAGAUGCUAGAAUCAAGAAAGAACAAGAGGAAGAGAGAUUGAGAAUCUAAAAGGCAGAAGAAGAGACACUUAGAUAGGAAUAAUUAAAGCUAGAGGAAUUAUAGAAAUAACAGCAAUCUCAGAAAGCAGAGAAACCUGCAGAGUAAGAUUAAGAAGCAAAAAAGGAGGAAGUGCUUCCACCACAAAUGGACUAGAUGAUCCAUCUUGAUGAAUCUCAAGCUAGUAAUAACUGGGUAAUUCACGGAAAUUAUACUAAAAACGGAAAGCCACUCCUCGCAGGUGAUCCUCAUCUUAGCAAUUAAAUUCCUUCUCAUUGGUACUUAAUGGAACUCAACUAUGAUGGUAAAUACGUCAUUGGAGCUACUCACCCAGGUAUUCCAUUAGUAAUGAUGGGUAAAACUAACAAUAAUGCUUGGACUACUACCUCUGCACUUACUGAUCUUGCAGAUGUCUAUGAAGAAACUAUUUCUCCAAACAAGAAACAGUACAGAGUAGAUGGCGAAUGGAGAGAUUUAGUUUAAAGAGAAGAAAUCAUAAAGAUUUAGGGACAGGACCCACUUAAACUCACAAUAAGUCAUACUCACAGAGGACCAGUUAUACCAAAUUAAGUGUUCUAAGGAGCUGAAGUAUUCUUCGGCGAAGGUAAUGCUCAUCUUAAAACUGAUGGACAAUAUUCCUUUGCAUGGACUGGCCACACUCCACAAGAAAAUACUAUGGACAAUGUUAGAAAUCUAAUGAACUCAGACAAUCUCCAUGACAUCUUGAAAAACAUUGAUGAUAAAGGUUAUUAUUCUGUACCUUAAAACAUUCUAAUGGCAGAUAAUAAGGGGAAUAUCGGAUAUUACCUAGGAGCGAUGAUGCCAAAGAGAAGAAAUCAAACUCCAUUCUCUGGAUGUAGGGUCCUUGACGGCAGCAAUUCAGAUAAUGACUGGGAUGGCCUGCAUGAUUCCAAAGACCUGCUCAGAGUUAUAAAUCCUAAGAAGGGCUAUAUUGUCACAGCUAACAAUAGACCAGCUCCUGAACACUCCCUUUUCGACAUUGGUGCUACCUCAACAUCAACAAUCAGAGCUCAAAGAAUUACUGAGCUCAUUCAAGCAGGUAUUGACAAGGGCAAUAAAUUUGACCACAAAGAUAUGAUUCACAUUCAAAACGAUACAGUUGACCUUAUGGCAAGAGAUCUCAUGCCUCAUGUAUUGAGAAUCGCUAAUAACUUUAAGAGUCAGCUCAAUGCCACUGAGCAGCAAAAGGCCUAACAAGCUAUCGACAAACUAUUGUUCUGGCACGGAGAAAUGCAUGAGGAAAGCGUUGGAGCUACUAUCUAUGCAGUUUGGCAAUUUAAGCUAUACAAGACAUUAUUCCACAAGUUUUCAGAUGACAAUGAAGUGAGACUGCUAAUAACAUCGAAUUAUCCAUUCAACGACUUCAUUCAAAGAAUGAUUAGAAUCAUCGAUCAGGAGCCAGAGAAUUCUGAUCUUAACCAAAUUUGUGAAAUGAAAGAUUCUUCAUACAGAGGCAAGAGCUCCUGCUCAUUUAAUAUUGCUAAGGCAUUGGCUGAAGCUAUUGAUUUCUUGACUGUUGAAAUAUCAUAGGAUCCCAAUGACUGGAAAUGGAUGAAUGUCCAUGUAAAUGAGUACCCCAAUAUGCCUUGGAGUAUAACACCAUUAAAGUUCUUAUUCCAUAGAGAAACUCCGAUUGGAGGAAAUUCUAAUACAGUCAAAGUAUCAAAAUACAGCAUGAAGAAACUAGAUAAGCUCAAAACAUUCAAGUCAUGGGCAACCCCUAACUAUAAAACAGUUGUGGAAUACGCUGAGGAUCCUUUCGAUGAACUUAUGCUAUACUCUCAUGAUGGAGGCCAAAGUGGAAAUUUGUUUGCUGGGCAUUAUCACGACUUCUAAAGUGGACACUCCAUUGGUAAACUUUUAAAGGGUUUCUAUGGCAAAGCAGCAGUUGAACAAAUAGCCCAUCAAAAAUUAUAUUUCAAAAAAGACACUGAGUAAAAACUUGAGGAAUUAUCUUAAGAGCAGUAGCAUCAUCAUCAUAGUCAUGCACAUCACAAUCAUCAAGAUCAUGAUCAUAGUGACCACUCACAUGGCCAUCAUCACGACCACAAUGAUCAUCAUCAUGAACAUGCUCACUCACAUCAGAAAACAUAAAGAAAAAACAAUAAUCAAAGAAAGAACAAGGCAGAUGAACUUUGA